AUGAGAUUGAAACCAAUAAAUCAAAAAGUUAAAAAAAAAACAUUUAAGAGUGAUGAGAGGUGAUGAAACUUAUGUAACUGAUCAUCUUUAUGGGGAAGCCAACCACUUCCUCCAAAACUCCUCUGCUUUUCCAAUCAAAACUCCUCUGUUUUUCUCUCUUUUACCUCUGCAUUGCUCUCUUUCUUGCUCUCCAUAAAUCUUUUUCUCCAAAACAAUGUAUCGUCAAAUCCUUACACUUUCACCCUGUUCAAACCGCUCUCUUCUCUUACCCUCCCUCCUAUGGGGAGCACAAAUAUGCUCUCUCUACCCAACGCUCUUCUUGCUCUUCCCCUGUGUUUUUCUCAGAUUACAGAAGUGUGUUCAAUAACAUUCAGGAUUUAUGUGGGAACUCCUCAGCUUUUAGCCCGGUUUUGAAGUACGUGCAGGGGAAAGAUGACAGUUUCGGGGGAAAUUUCAGAACCCAGAAGAGGAUUUCUUAUUUUGAUCAUAUGAAUCACAGUCUGGAGGUUCCUUGUGGGUUCUUUAAGAAGUUCCCAAUCAGUAAUUCUGAUAGAAUUGCCAUGGAAACUUGUAAUGGACUUGUUGUAGUCUCUGCAAUUUUCAACAACCAUGACAAGAUCAGGCAACCAAGAGGACUUGAAUCCAAGACGUUGGAAACUUUAUGCUUCUUCAUGUUCAUAGAUGAUGUUACAUUUAAAGGACUUGAAGAUUGCCAACUAAUUUCAUCAGCAAAAUCUGACUCUGAAGAGUACAAAAUAGGGGCAUGGAGGAUUGUAAAAGUUUCAAGCAAGAAUUUGUAUGAGAAUCCUGCCAUGAAUGGAGUCAUACCUAAGCACUUAGUACAUAGACUAUUCCCAAACUCCAAAUUCAGCAUUUGGAUUGAUGCCAAGUUACAGUUAACUGUGGAUCCAUUGUUAUUGAUUCAUGCACUAGUGGUUUCGAAGAAUGUGGACAUGGCGAUUUCAAAGCAUCCAUUUUUUAUUCAUACUGUGGAAGAAGCAAUGGCCACUGCAAGGUGGAAGAAAUGGCGGGAUGUCGAUGCAUUGCAGAAGCAAAUGGAGACUUAUUGUGAGAAUGGAUUGCAGCCAUGGACUCCCAAAAAGCUCCCCUAUCCCUCAGAUGUACCAGAUAGUGCUCUGAUUUUAAGGAAACAUGGGCUGAUCAGCAAUCUGUUUUCUUGCCUUCUGUUCAACGAGCUGGAGGCAUUUAAUCCAAGAGACCAACUGGCUUUCGCUUUUGUGAGAGACAAAAUGAGCCCCAAGCUCAGAUUGUACAUGUUUGAGGAGGAAGUGUUUGAGAAAAUCUGUGUGGAAUACAGGCAUAAUAUUAAAGGCGUUGGAAAGAUGAGUAAAUUCGAAGGCAAAAGAGCGAAGGAAGAUUUGUUUAUUAAGAACAGUAGCCAUUGCCAGAAGUAUCUUUUGAAAAUGUGGGGGAGGGGGGAAUCCCGUAAUUGAUUUUUGUCUGUGAUUAUAAAAUCCCCAUUGUAAAAGCUAACAUAUUGACCAACAUUCACAGAGGAAAGCUGACAAACGAUGACAGAUUGUCAGGAUUAAUUCAAGUUUUUCACGGCUUUUCUUUCAAA